GGCCCACCAUUUCCACGGUGACUGUCGCGGUGACAAGUGCCGCGGACUCACUUGCGGUGUCGCGACGCGUCGCGUCGUGGAGGAGUGGGAGGGGCCGCACUAUCACAGGCCCACCUCCGCGCUUCCGAUGUUCGAGUGUGGCUGCAGAAGCGGCGCGACGGGGAACUGGGGCACACCGGGCACCGUUUAAGCGACGGACAGCAAAGAAAGCGGCGACGCUCGAUCACGCGCGCGCGCCAGCUGAGCCAGGAUUACACCAAUGACAACGCACGAGUGGGACCGUUAGCGCCAUGGACACGUUCCAACACAAGUUUCUGAAAAAUCCCCGCGUCGGCGCCAACCCGGUGUCCGUCGCCAUUUUCGCGUGGUCGUGGCCGACGUUCUGGAAGGGCUUCCGGCAGCCCAUCGACGUGGAGGACCUCUACGAGCCGCUCAAGAAUGACAAAUCGGCGGGGCUGGGCAGCAAGCUCGAGGCGCACUGGAAGGCGUGCGAGGAGAGGGCGCGCCGGACGGGCGGCAGGGCCAGCUUCCUGAAGGCGCUGGCCGCCAUGUUCUGGAAGCAGUUCGUGGCCGUGGGGCUGCUGGACGCCGUCAACAGCAUCGGCCUCAGGCUGGUGCAGCCGCUGCUGCUGGGCCAGCUGCUGACGUACUUUUCGCCGGGCUCCACCAUGCCCAAGGAGUACGCCUUCGCCUACGCGGGCGGCAUCAUCCUCUGCGUGCUGGGCUCCCUGCUGCUGGCCAACCACGUCCUGUACACGUGCAUGCACCUGGGCAUGCAGAUGCGCAUCGCCUGCUGCUCGCUCGUCUUCAGGAAGGCCACCAGACUGAGCAAGACGGCGCUGGGGGAGACGGCGUCGGGCCAGGUGGUCAACUUGCUCAGCAACGACGUGAGCCGCUUCGACAUCAUGGCCAUCUUCCUGAACCAUCUGUGGAUCGACCCCACGCUCACGCUCAUCGUCGCCUACCUCCUGUACUCGCACGUCGGCUGGGCCGGCUUCGUGGGCAUCGGCACCGUGUUCCUGGUCGUGCCCCUGCAGUCGUACACCGGCACCCUGUCGUCCAAGUUCAGGCACCGGAUCGCCCUGCGCACCGACAUCCGGGUGCGCCUCAUGGACGAGAUCGUCAACGGCGUGCAGGUCAUCAAGAUGUACGCCUGGGAGAAGCCCUUCACCAAGCUCAUCUCGGCGGCCAGACGGGACGAAAUCAAGCAGAUCCUGGCUGUGUACCUGGUCCGGGGCGUGUUCAUGACCUUCAUGAUGUUCACCACGCGCGUCGCCAUUUUCUCCACGCUCAUCACCUACGCCCUGUCGGGAGACGCUCUCAAGGCCUCCAUGGUCUUCACCAUCCAGUCCUACUACAACAUCCUCUCCAUGACCAUGGGCAGCUUCUUCGUGAGGGGCAUCUCCGAGGUCGCCGAAAGCGCAGUGUCCAUCCGCCGCCUGCAGACGUUCCUGGAGUUCGAGGAGUUCGACGCGCAGGAGGGGCAGGUGCCCUCGGCGCCCUCGGCGCCCUCGCAGGGCCGCAGUAAUCCCGGCUUUGGCGAUGACCAGGAGGACGCACUAAAUGGCCCGCCAAAGGAUCAGAGCGUCGCCGCCAACGGCAGCGCCAUUCACGUCCGGAACGGGCCCGUCCUCGAGUUCAGGUCCAUGCAUGCCAAGUGGAACCGGGGCAAUUCGGAGGACACGCUCAAGAACAUCAACUUGAGCAUGAACAGCGGAGAGCUGCUGGCCGUCAUAGGACCCGUGGGGGCUGGCAAGUCCUCGCUGCUGCAGGCCGUGCUGGGCGAGCUGGCCACGACGGCGGGCCGGCUGGCGGUGCGCGGCAAGGUGUCGUACGCGUGCCAGGAGCCGUGGCUCUUCGCCGCCUCCAUCCGGCAGAACAUCACCUUCGGCUCGGACUUCGACCGGCAGCGCUACGACCGCGUGGUGCGGGCGUGCGCGCUCCUGCCCGACCUCGCGCAGCUACCCUUCGGCGACCUGACGCUCGUAGGGGAGAGGGGCUCCUCGCUGUCCGGCGGACAGCGCGCGCGCGUCAACCUGGCCAGGGCGGUGUACCGAGAUGCGGACCUGUACCUGCUGGACGACCCACUGUCGGCCGUGGACACGCACGUGGGCAAGCACUUGUUCGAGGAGUGCGUGUGCAAGCUGCUCAAGGGCAAGGCCGUGGUGCUGGUGACGCACCAGGUGCAGUACCUCAGCGAGGUGUCUCGCAUCGCCAUCCUCAACAACGGAGAGAUUCAGAUGCAAGGGACGUUCAAGGAACUGUUGCACAGUGACGUCGACUACGCGCAAAUGCUGCACCUGGCCGAGGAGGACGAGGACGUCACCGAUGACGUCAUCGAGGAGGGCAAGAAGCCCGAGGACAGCAGGCCUCUCAUGCGAGCGCUGCGGCAGAUGUCACGCGUGUCGAGCAAAGUGUCCCUGGAGAGGCAGGUCUCGACCACCAGGCUCUCCUCCCGGCGGUCGUCCAUCCGGUCGUCCAUGCGGUCCUCCAUCUCCAUCUCCAGCGUCGGCGAGGUCGAGGUGGUCGCCGACGAGGUGGACGAGGCGGACGCCCCCGAGCCGGAGCGGCUGGAGGCCACUACCCGGGGCCAGGUCAAGGGCUCGCUCUUCUUCAGGUACUUCCUGACGGGCACCAACGUCUUCUGCCUCGGCCAGCUCAUCGUCCUGUUCCUGGCCGCGCAGGCCGCCGCCAGCAUGGCCGACUACUUCGUCGGGUUCUGGACGAACCAGGAGGAGCUGCGGCAGUACCAGUCGCAGAGCCACGCCCCGGGGGCGGCCGUGGUGACGCAGCAGCCCCUCACCACCACCGUCAACUUCGUGUACAUCUACUCGGGAAUCAUCGCCAGCCUCUUCGUGCUGGGCUUCGUGCGCUCCUUCUACUUCUACUGGAUCUGCAGCAAGUGCUCGCAGGCGCUGCACGACAACAUGUUCGCCAACAUCAUCCAGGCCACCAUGCACUUCUUCAACACCAACCCGUCGGGUAGGAUCCUCAACCGAUUCUCCAAGGACCUGGGCGGCGUCGACGAGCUGCUUCCGAAGGCCCUCCUGGACGCCUCGCAGUACAUCCUGGCCUUCUUCGGCUACAUCGCCGUGGCCGUCGCGGUGGACUGGGUGUUCCUGGUGCCCGUCGCCGUGCUGCUGGUCGUCUUCUACUUGGCCAGGCUCAUCUACCUGCGGUCGGCCAAGAACAUCAAGCGUCUGGAGGGGAUGACCCGCAGUCCGGUGUUCACCCACUUGAACGCCUCCAUCCAGGGCCUGUCCACCAUCCGCGCGUUCAACGCCCAGGAGCUCGUCAGGGCCGAGUUCGACAACCACCAGAACCUGCACACGUCCGCGUGGUUCAUGUUCAUUUUCACCAGCACCUCCUUCGGCACCUUCCUAGACUUGCUCAGCAUGUGCUUUACAUUCGUCGUCAUCUUCAGUUUCUUACUCAUGGAACAGUCUGCGUUUGGCGGUGACGUGGGCCUCGCCAUCAGUCAGUCCAUCGCCAUGACCGGCUUGGUGCAGUUCGGCAUGCGGCAGUCCGCCGAGGUCGCGUCGCAGCUGCUGAGCGUCGAGAGAGUCCUGGAGUACACGGACCUGCCCACCGAGGACAAAAUCCCCCUGACUGAAGGGACCGCCCCGAAGGCGGACUGGCCGAGCGAGGGCCGGCUGGAGCUCAAGAACGUGUGGAUGCGCUACGCGCCGCAGUCCCCGCCCGUCCUCAAGGGCCUCAACUUGGUCAUCAACCCCAUGGAGAAGGUUGGCAUCGUCGGGCGGACGGGCGCGGGCAAGUCCUCGCUCAUUUCCGCGCUGUUCCGGCUCGCCUACCUGGAGGGCCAAGUGGUCCUGGAUGACGUGGACACGGGCAGCAUCCCGCUGCAGCUGCUGCGCUCCAGGAUCUCCAUCAUCCCCCAGGACCCCGUGCUCUUCUCCGGCACGCUGCGGAAGAACCUGGACCCCUUCGACGAGUACAAGGACCACAUGCUGUGGGCCGCCCUCGAGGACGUGGAGCUCCGGGACGCCGCCACCGAGUCGGAGGGCCUGGAGAUGCGGGUGGCGGACGCGGGCUCCAACUUCUCCGUCGGCCAGCGGCAGCUCAUCUGCCUGGCCAGGGCCAUCCUGCGCGGCAACAAGGUCCUCAUGCUGGACGAGGCCACCGCCAACGUGGACCCUCAAACGGACGGCCUGAUCCAGAGCACGAUCCGCUCCAAGUUCGCGCGGUGCACCGUGCUGACGGUGGCCCACCGCCUCAACACCAUCAUGGACUCGGACCGCGUGCUCGUCAUGGACGCGGGCCGGGCGGCGGAGUUCGACCAUCCGCACAUGCUGAUGCAGAAGCGAGGCAUCUUCUACUCGCUGGUCCAGGAGACCGGACAGCAAAUGGCAGACAGCCUGGCUAGAAUAGCCAGGGAGAACUACGAGAACAAGAUAACGUCGCUGCAGUACUGAUGAACGGGCACGACGCGUGUCGUUUUGGAAAGGAAAGGACUAAUAAAACGAAAGCAGUGAAACAGUUUGA